GGCCUUCUUCUGGUCCUUUCUUCCUGUUGUCUUUGUUGUGUGCUUCUGCAAUCGACGUUGAGCCUGCACUCGCAUCCCGGAGACGAGCACGCCGUGAAGGGGUUCGAGUUCGGCGUCGGCGUUGGAGCGUCAAAGCGCGCACGUGUAGGGUGUUCUUGCGUGGCCAUCGGUGCCGGGAGGCGCGGACAGUGCAGUUUGGAGUUGGCGGUGGCGUUGGUUGGAUGUCGCGUGGUGGACUUUUCCCCGGACUAAUGAGGCGUGCAAGAAUUGGAGUGGCAUGGUGGCAGGAUUUUCCUAGCGUUGUCGAUUUGAGAUAGGGUUGAGGGAGCGUCGCGCGGCGAGGGCGGGUGCUGCGAUCGUGAGAGGAGAGUAAGAGAGCGGGGUAGCGCCUGAGAGCGAGCGAGUGCGGGCGUGAGGAUGGGAAGAGGGGAGGUAGCGCUUGGUUUGAUGGGAGUGAAAUUGCGUCUUUUAAAGUGGAGGAGAUCGUUGCGCGGCAUCGCGCUGCUUUGAGAGUCUGAUUCAGCUGCGGCGAAAUCCUUAAUGAGCUACUCUUGCGAACCAUUCCGCAGAUUAGAGAAAAUAGAAUUCGUUCGCGCGUUCGGGAUCUCAGAGAGCCGCUUGCUUAUGGCGGCAGAAGAAGGGAUUACAGAUGUUGGCCAAUCUCUUGAGACAAUCACCUCCCCGAGUAAGCGGGAGCCAUUUGAGGGUGCGGAGAAAGAACCUGCUCCAUUGACUCCUGAAAAAUUAGACAUUGUUGAUAAGGAUACUAUGGAUGUAAGACUACGUGCAAUUGAAAGCAAAGCUGACGGGAAUCAGUUCUGUACCUCUCCACCUGAACCAUCGAUUCCUGACAGCUUGUCUUUGGGCGUAUCAGAAGCCAUUCCAUCAGGUGGUGUUGAAGCAAGUGAUUCUUCAACUGGAAAGCCCGAGGUUUGUGUGUUAUCAAGAGUAGCGGAACGGCAGUUGGCGAAAUGUAGUUUGACUGCUGAGGAUUGCAAUUUGAGAUCCACACCUUUUGGAAAUCGACGCCUUGUAAAUAGUGUGCUUGCAGGUGGCCUUGGUGUGCUGGUGGAGGCUGCACAGGUUGCAUCAGGUUCUUCUUUUUCAGCCAAGAAGAAGCAUCCUGAAGGACAUGGUCAUGUUGGGAGUUGUUACGGUGCAGUUUCAAUGCCUACAAAGAGGAAGGCGUAUGACAGACAAGUUGAAGUAGCAGUCCCCAAAAGAAAGGUCAUAAGACGUGGCCAUCGCAGGUCCUUGAGUUCUGGUAUGGAGUCAGAGUGUGGUGAGGCAGCAGAAAGCGAGUUCUCACGGGCUCAUGUAUCAGUCCCUGUUAUGCAAAUAUCGUGUCCAUUGCGAGGAAGUUGGAAUCCUCAGAUCUUACCCAGCAAAGAGGAUGGUAACAAGGAUGUCGGUUCUGCUAGCAGCUCCCCUUGUAGUGCAAAAUCUAUAUUGUCACCUGGUUUAAAGAAGGGGAUUGGUUCCAGAUGGGGUCACGACGAAGAGACAAAGCCUCCACGACCAUCAGGUGUUUUGAUAAGACAAGGGGAUGCGGGGGUUGCCAAAGUUGCUGUUGCGGUCGUCGAAGAAUCAUUUGACUUUGACAGUGAGGAAACUGAUGACGAUGCACCACCUUCGAAGGCCACAAACGAGCCCAGCGCUCUCGUACAGUCGAAACGAGGACGUGCGCAGGCCUUGCCUUCAAGAUUCAAAGACUCAGUGGUUGAACCUUUGAAGAAAGGAGCCAAGGUCGCGAAAGGCCAGUCUCACGACGUAGAAGUCCGGGAUGGCACACCCAUGUGCUUACCCCCAAAUUUGAAGAAGCGUGUGAAAGGUGUCGGCCAAGAGACCAAUGGCCCUGCUCAUGUUCUGAAGAAGGUCCGCAAAAAUCAAGAACACACGAUCAUUCCUGAGGUGUCCUUGGAUUAUCAUGCAUUCGGUGAGUUCGGGAACAGAAAGGAUAGCCCGUCAAGAUCAUUUCAGGGACCUGGGGAGCUGGAUGGUCUGGACUCUGAACUGAAAGGAAGCAGAGGUACCAAUUCGUCUGAUGCGUACAGUCUGGAAGAUUUCGAUUUAGGAGAGAUUGUCUGGGCAAAGUCCGGAAAAAGAAACGAUCCUGUUUGGCCUGCCAGGGUUAUCGAUCCAUUUAGAGAAGCCCCGCCCAUGGUCCGUGAGUUGUCGUUGCCAAAUAGUCUGUGCGUCAUGUUCUAUGGGCCAUCAUCAUCUAAAGGAAAACAUUCACGGGAUUAUGCUUGGGUGAAGCAAGGAAUGAUAUUUCCCUUCAAUGCCUAUUUGGAAAGAUUUCAGUCGCAAACUCAACUGAAUAGAAGUCGCCCAGUUGAUUUCAGACAAGCCAUUAGUGAAGCUAAACUUGCUGAUCUGGGUUAUGAGGAGGGCCACGAUGCCUUACCAGGCAAAGUGCAUCCUUCCAUGGCUUCGACUGUGACUAGAUCUUCUGUGUUGGAAUCAGAAGAGCCAGAAGAUGAUGUUUCUAUUGGGUUUGAAAAGUCGAUGCAGAGUGCACCUGUCAAGGCAACAGCUGGUAGUGGGAAAGCAAAACGAGUUUGUCCUGGUUGUGGAGUUCAAUUAUCCGUGGGUAAAAAGGAAUCUGCUAAGGAAACCCCACUUUGCAAGCACUGCGUAAAGCUAUACAAGUCAAAGCAGUAUUGUGGCGCCUGCAAAAAAGUUUGGCUUCCGAAUGACAAAAGCAGCUUUGCACAAUGCGAUUCAUGCCAGAUUUGGGUGCAUGCAGAUUGUGAUAAGCUUACAGCCAAAAAGUUAAAGGAGUUGGCUGAAGGAGGUUCAUAUCUUUGCCCAGAAUGCAGAAAGUUGCAUGGCUCAGGAAAUUUGAAAAAGCGCAAAUUAGCUGACAAGAUUGGGACAGGCCCUACCUCAUAUAUUGUCCCUGAGAGGUUGGCUGUUAUCUGCACGCAUGUAGAGGGUGAUUACUUGCCAAAUAAGCACGAGGUUAUCUGCAAGUGUAGUAGCUGCCUGGGUACUAAACAUCCCAUGAGGCCAUCGGAGUGGGAACGUCAUACAGGAUGUCGGAAAAAGAAGUGGAAAGAAAGCAUUCGCGUGAAAAAUCAGGAACAACCUCUAUUUGCAUGGUUGAAAGACAUGUUGAGUAAUGGCGCUAUUGGAUUGGCCUUUGAAGGACCUGAUCUCGUUCCAACCAGAACCAAGGAGCAGGCACUGCUUGCCACUCUUGAUCAACCGUAUGAGCCUGUGGACACUACCUGGACAUCAGAGAGAUGUGCUGUGUGUCGUAUGGUUGAAGAUUGGCACCAUAAUAAGAUGAUUAUUUGCAAUCGGUGCCAGAUAGCGGUACACGAGGAGUGCUAUGGUGUAAGGGCAUCAGAUAGUGUAGGAUCAUGGGUAUGCAGAGCUUGUGAAACCCCAGACGUUGAGCGAGAGUGCUGCCUGUGUCCCGUUAGGGGUGGGGCAUUGAAGCCGUCGAAUACUGCGAAUUUGUGGGUGCAUGUGACCUGUGCAUGGUUUGUACCCGAGGUGAAGUUUAAGAACAUUGUUAAAAUGGAACCCGCUGAAGGCCUCACCAACGUACAUUUAAGUACGUUUCAGCAGAAAUGUGGAAUAUGUAAACAAGUUCAUGGUGUCUGUGUAUCUUGUGCCCACAAAAAUUGCCGAAGAUCGUUUCAUAUCAUGUGUGCAUUCAAAUCUUGCUACCACAUGGAGAUGAAGGCGGUGACUAAAAAUGGACUUGAAAUGACACAGAUGAAUCUGUUUUGCAGCAUACACAGGACUCCAAAUCCAGACAUGCACCUCAUGUUAAAAUCACCAUCGGGUAAGAUCCCCGUUAAAAGGGACGCGGCACAUCCAAGUGGGUCGGAGAGUGUUGUUAGUUUAUUUGGAGGUUAUGCCUCAGGUACUGGAAACACAUCGUUGGAGCACACCAGAAGUGUCACGAAUUCAGUAGCAGCAAGAUGUCUGCCUUAUUCCACCUAUGACGCGAAGGCCAAAUAUAAGAAGCGAGGAAAAGCUAUCGCAUAUCGAGUGUCGGGUGUCAGCUGGAAUACUAUUGAGAACAUCAAUAGUUUGAGGGAUUUUGCUGUGCUGGACCAGCGAAAGGUCUUCACAAACGAAGAACGGCUUAAAUUCCUCCAGAAAACAGAGAAGAAAACUGUAUGUUUUGGCAAGUCUGCAAUUCAUGGAUGGGGCCUCUUUUCUCGACGUGCAAUCCAGGAGGGAGAAAUGGUUAUAGAGUACAGAGGAGAACGUGUGCGUGGCAGCGUUGCAGACCUUCGUGAGAUCCGGUACCAUAAGGAGGGAAAAGAUUGCUAUUUGUUCAAAAUUAACGAGGAGAUUGUUAUUGAUGCCACCGACAAAGGCAACAUUGCACGUCUUAUUAAUCAUUCUUGUGAUCCGAGCUGUUACGCUAAGAUUCUCGACUUUCAGAGGGAUGAUGGGGAGGGAGACAGCCGGAUUGUUCUCAUUGCACGAAAAUACAUUGCAGCUGGAGAGGAACUGACAUACAAUUAUCGAUUUGAUGAGGAGGAUACACAAAAAGUGCCGUGCCUUUGUGGAUCAUCAAAUUGUCGAAAAUACAUGAAUUAGGAGAUGCACUUUCUUACAUUGUUGAUGGGAGACCAGGUUAUUGCUUUACAUAGAACAGGCUUUUUUUAGCAUUCUUCUGUGGUUAGUCCUAGACAUCUGAGUAGAAAUAAGCAAUUAUUUUAUAGCUUAUCUUGCAGCAGAUUAUCAUGUAGGCGUGCAUGUUCUUUUCAGAACGACUUUGUGAGCACCAAAGUUCACGUAAGACAGUUCCAUGCCCUUAGGAAACUUGAGUUGCUACUGGAACAAGACACUGCAGGUCAAUUACCUCGCUCCACCUUUGUAUACUUUUUGACCCCUGUAAAUUCCGAUUGUAAGAGUUGGGCCAGUAUUGCCAUGAAGUGGGUGAUCUCCUUCUCCUAUGUUGUACGCAA